AUGAUGAACGUAGUGAAGACUCUUAUACAGUUUGCUGAGGUGGACCAGCAGGAUGUGAAGCACAGGGCAGAUGUCAAAAACGCCAGGGAGGGCAUACCCAAGCUGAAUAAGGAAACGGAGACACUGGGCAAAAAGAUUGAGGACGCGCAGAAGAGUGUGGGUGAGAAGAGAAAACAGAUGGAGAGGCUGGAGGAGGAGCUGAAGAGAGUGAAGGGGACGAAGAAGGAGUUGGAUGAGGAGUACUCGGCUGCUGUGGAGUCCAUAGACACCAGGAGUCUGCAGCAGGAGAAGCAGACCAAGUGCAAACUACUCAUCUCUAAAAACGAGACUACAAACAAGUGCAAGAGUGAAGUAGACAGAGCACAUGCGAAUCUGGACAUGUUGAACAUGACCAGGAAUAGAUUGCACAAACAGUGGCAACAGGCCACGACGGCGGCCGAGAAGCUGCAGCAGGAUCUUCACGACAAGACUCAGUCGCUGAUCACAUCCGAGAUGUACCCGAGUUUAUACUAA